AUGGCAAAGUGCAACACCAGCGACAACUACACCAGCGACAACCACACCAGCGACAACAACACUACCGACAACCACACCAGCGACAACCACACUACCGACAACCACACUACCGACAACCACACCAGCGACAACCACACUAGCGACAACCACGCCAGCGACAACCACACCAGUGACAACCACACUAGCGACAACCACGCCAGCGACAACUACACCAGCGACAACCGCAUCAAUACAAUGGCCAACCUCGGAAAUAUAAAAAAGUCUCAAAAUUUAACCCAGAAUGACAGGGCAGGAAUUCAGCAAGCAAAAUAA